AUGUCCACUCUCAAGAUAGUGUUCAUCCAGCAAGUCAGGCUCAUACUCCUCUCCUUCGAUGAGGGCCCGGGCCAUGUUACCCAGCAAGUCGGCUGGAGGUGCUAUGGUGUGAAUAUGAGCUUCGUCUAUGUCUUGGCCUGCGGCUUCGUAAUCCAAGUCGUCAGCCUCGAUGUCGCCGUCUUCGUCUUCUUCAUCUUCGACAUCGUCGUCGCUCUCCCAGUCAGAUGCCCCAUCGUCUUCCAUUGGGUUGCCUUGCUCGAGCAUACCAAGGGAAGAGUUGCGAUAGAGGUCGGGGGUUUCUUCUCGGUCGUCCUCCAAGUCUGA